GCCCUUACGCCACAUCACCUGCCGAACGGCCAUGAACUCUAUUUCCUUAGUCACCCGUGUGGCGUCAAGUCGUCAACGUCAACCUUGUCAGCCUGCCAUCGUACUCGUACAGGUACCUGACCGAGUGCUAAUAAGGUCCACGAUGCUAUCACGCACACCAGGCCUCGACAUUCGUGUGGAAAUCAAGACAGCAGGAACGCCGUGAUCUCGUCAAGAUACCCUCACUUUAAGCUGCCCGAUUCCUUGCACACCUCCAAUAUGGAUGUCCAACUCUACGUCUACGACCUCAGCAGAGGCAUGGCCCGAAGCAUGAGCCAGUCCUUUCUGGGCAUCCAGAUCGAUGCCGUUUACCAUACGGCGCUGGUCUUCAACAACCGCGAGUACUUCUUCGGCCAAGGAGUCCAGGUGUGUUAUCCGGGAAGCACCCAUCACGGCCGACCGAUGGAGAUCAUUCCCUUGGGCAAGACACACUUGCCUAUGGACACGGUGCUGGAGUAUCUCGAGAGCCUCAAGCAAGUCUACACGCCGGAGAGCUACGAUCUUUUUGCACACAACUGUAACAACUUCACCCACGACUUCGCCAUGUUUCUCCUCGGCACCGGUAUUCCAGCUCAUAUUACAAACCUCCCGCGUCGCGUCUUGGAUACCCCAUUCGGCGCCAUGCUCAAGUCCCAGAUUGAUCAGAGUAUGCGCUCCAUCACUCAAGCCUCGCUUCCGCCGCAAAGUAUCCCGAAUGGGCAUUCCGCUGCGCCUAACGGAUAUGCAAGCGAACAUGCCGCUGAAGUCACUGCCAAGCAAGAAUCAGGCUCGAUGAAUGGCACGAAGUUCGGUCGUGUCUUUGAUGUCACGCAGAGCAGGGUGUUGAACGAGCUUCUGCAGUCUGCUUCGAAUACUGCUGCAGCACUCUUCUUUACGUCCUCCACAUGCGCACCCUGCAGGAUUGCAUAUCCAAUGUUCGAUCAGCUCGCCCAGCAAUAUCCACAGGCGGUCUUCAUCAAGAUCGACAUUAGCAAGGCGCAGGAAGUCGCCAUGCAGUACCAGAUCCGCGCAACACCAACCUUCAUCACCUUCUCCAGAAGCUCGAAGAACGAUGCUUGGUCCGGAGCGGAUCCCAACCUAUUAAAGGCAAACAUCGAUCAUCUCAUGCAAUUUACCUUCCCCCCGCACCCGCAUGCUCUGCUGAAAACCCCCACUCUUCAAGUCGCAUCGCUCAAGCCCGUGACGUACAUCAGGACGCCACCGCUGGACAAGCUUAUGACGAAACUGGGUCCUGCCGCGACGCAAAAGGAGCUCUUGGCCCUGCGCUCCUUUGUGGAAACGAGAAACCGGGAUCCCAAAGAAGCCAAACUACCGGAUCUACCAUCUGUCUCCCGCACAUUGCAGACGAGCAUACUCACAUUGCCAGCCGAAGUCCGUUUCGCUGCGUUCGAUCUUUUCAGGUGUGCCAUGAUCGAUCCGCGCGUCACCAGCUUCUUCGCCGAGGAAUCGUCGGACUCGACCGUGCACACUCUUGUGCAGCAUGUCAACGGCCUGAACGACUGCCCGCACAGCUUACGCCUGGUGACGCUACACCUCGCCUGCAAUCUCUUCAUCUCCCCACUGUACGUGAAAGAAUUGAUGCGGCAGGAGAGCGCUCUAUCCGCAUCGCUGGUCCAACUCAUCUCCUCCUCCCUCCUCGAUGCUUCCCAUCCGACGACCAGGGUAGCAGCGGCCUCGCUGGCAUUCAACAUUGCAGGUGCAAACUAUCGCAUCCGCCGGGAGCAGGCGCGGGAGGGCAUGAGCGAGAGCCAGCAAGUCGAGCUCGCAGCCAGUCUGCUGGAGACGGUGUUGGCGGAGGAGAACGCGGACGCAGCCAAAGCUGCCUUGCUGGCGCUGGGACAUUUGUUCUACUACGCGCCGCAAGAUGGGGAGGUGAUGGAUCUCGCCGGCGCACUCGACGCGAGAACCACCCUAAGGGGCAGCAAACUGCACGUGCAACUGGCGGGUGAAGUGGCGAGCCUGGUGUGACCCUUCUCCCCUGUGCUUUGCUCGCCUACACAUGUAGACAUUGUAAUGGAAAUGAAAAGGUGGUCCGACGUGUAA